AUGGAUCGCGAAACGCGCUGGAAGAAUCGAAGUUUGACGAAAAAAAUCAAUGUCGAUCAUUUUGUUUAUGUCUCCCCGAAAAAAUCGGAAAAUGGUAAGGUUUUUGGCAAUUUUACUCUAGGAAAAAUCUGUAUUUUUUCAGAAUUUUAUGUCACAAGCGAUGAAUCGUCGGAUGGUGUUGCACAAAGAAAAACUGUUCCAAAACGAAAAAUUUUGGCGAUGAGAAAGCGAGGAAGAAAGAGUUUGAGCACCGAUUUGACGACAUCGGAAUCAGAACAAGAAGAAGAAGAGCAAAAGGAGAAUCGCAAAGUUUCGAUCAAAAACGUGCUGGAAGUGAUUCGAAAAAGACGAAGAUUCAAAGAAGAUCGGCAAGAAUCAACAAAAGAUCGUGUAAACUCUCGUCAGUUUCCGAACCAACGCCAGUUCUCAAACCACAGGCAAAAAAGUCUACCAAAAAAUGCAAGAAACUUGUCAAGGAAACUGAUCCGGCCAUUGAUCCCUCAACAAUUUCUCUCAAUCAAAUGAGUUUGGAAAAGUUGCCUGAAAAACCGAAGAAAAAGCGAGCUCCAAAAGCACCGAAAAAAGUUGAAAAACAAGUGGCAAUUCAAACAUCUCCACUUCGAAUUCAAAAUGAUGAUUAUGAAGAAUUGGAUGUUUAUUUCCCACCAGGUUAUGAUGAAGCCGCAUAUCGUUUCGAUGAAGUUUUGAUGGAGGUAGAGCAGAAUCAUUUAUUGGAAAACAACAAUGACUAUUUUCCGGAUAUUGGAGACGAUUUGAUCAACUAUAUCAAUUCACCAGAUCAAUUCGAUGAUGACGAUUUAAAUAAUUUGAUUUGGGAUUUAUAA